AAAAGACACUAUUUUCCGUGUUGGGUUGAUUUCGUUUGGAAAGACAGCAAACCCAUUGAGAGAGAGGGCUGUCAAAGGGCAAAACUGGGGCAUUGAUAUAUCGGGUUGAUGCUGAUUCUAAAGUAACACACUGGCGAAAUAGUUUCAGUCGCAAACCUACGCGCAUCCGCAUCUCCAGCUCUGGUGAACAUCUCCGCUCAAUCUGUCAAUUCUACAGUUCUUGCUCCGCUGCAACUGAUCACUACAUCUACACUUCGAUUAGAUCAUCGGAAAGUGCGCCCAAAAAAAUCCGAUGGAGAUGGUAUCGUCAAAUGUUGUCUCGUGAGAAGUAAGUGAAUUUAUGAGGUCGCAGCAGCUGAUGGACAACAGUAGCAUUCCAGUGAGCGAGAGGUACUGGACUCUUGUUGAUAAAGCGGACAAGAAGUUCUCUAAGAUCAGAGACUUGCCUUAUUACGAACGCAACAGGUAUGAUACAUACUUUUACAAGGUAUUCAAGGUUUACACCCAAUUAUGGAAGUUUCAACAGGAAAAUCGUCAAAAACUUGUGGAAUCAGGACUUAAGAGGUGGGAGAUUGGGGAGAUUGCAUCUCGGAUUGCUCAGUUGUAUUAUGGACAAUAUAUGAGGACAAGUGAGGCAAGUUAUUUGUCUGAGGCAUAUAUCUUCUAUGAGGCAAUACUCACUCGGGAGUAUUUCAAAGAUGGAAUGUAUCAAGAUCUCAAUCUAGCUAACAAACAGUUGAGGUUUCUUGCAAGGUUUCUGAUGGUAUGUCUGGUAUUGAACCGGCGAGAAAUGGUGCAUCAAUUGGUUAAUCAGCUAAAGAUGCUGGUUGAUGAAUGCAAGAGGACAUUCCAGGAUGCAGACUUUAAAGAAUGGAAGCUGGUGGCUCAAGAGAUAGGUAGAUUUUUGAAAGCUGACACCACUUUAAUGAAUACCAGGCCUUUAAGGUACAGCCUUGUGCUGGAUCCUCAUCCAGAUGGUAUACCUAAUGUAGCUGCACCUGUAGCAAGGAGGAAUUUAAGGUUGCAAGAUGCAAUAUUAAGUAGUUAUCAUCACAAUGAGGUCAAAUUUUCAGAGCUCACUCUUGACACAUUUAGAAUGCUUCAAUGCUUGGAGUGGGAACCCAGUGGUUCCUUCUACCAGUCAGGAGUUACUAAGAUUGGUCAGAAUGGGGCUUCAGGUUCCAACCGUGUUAACUUCCCUCAAGAUAUUGUUGAUCCUACUUUGCCACCUAACCCACGAAAAACUGUGUUGUAUCGCCCUUCUGUGACGCAUUUUAUGGCAGUUUUGGCAACAAUUUGUGAGGAGCUAUCCCCUGAUGGAGUUCUCUUAAUAUACUUGUCAGCUUCAGGAAGAACUGGACACACAACUUUGUCUCCCUCAAGCUCUUCAACAUGUAUCAACAUUGUGGAGAACAUUGUGAACUUCCAGUCACAUACAAUCAACUCAGGUGGAACCUCCAAUACUUCAUUUAGCUCACUAGGUGAUAGCCUUAAGCCUUCCAUAAGUCAAAAUAAAGGAGACUGCAUUGAUCCCCAUACUAGUUGCUUGCAGUUUGGUAAUCAUGGAAAUGGAGGAUUCAAUUGCAUUUACCCUUCUGACUUGAUUCCAUUUACAAGAAGACCACUCUUUAUAAUCAUUGACAGUGACAUCAGUGAGGCAUUCAAGGCUAUUCAUGGAGCUGAGAAAGGAGAAAAAGCUGCAUUGCUUCUAUCCCCAAGUUGUUCAAUUCCUACUGCUGCUGGCAUCUCUUCUCGUCACUCAAUUGGUAGCCUAUUCACCAUCUUCCUCACAGCUCCAUUGCAUGCUUUUCUUUUCGUGCUUGAUAUCCCAGGUUCUGAUAUAGAAAUGGAAACAUAUAAUCAGGCUGAGAGCCUGCUCUCUUCAUCCUUGAAUGACUGGGGCCUGACCUUGGCAACAUCAGAAACUCUUGAUCCAGUCUGGGCACAGAUUCUUACAGAUCCAUUCCUAAGAAGACUUCUUCUGAGAUUUAUGUUUUGUCGAGCAGUGUUGACAUUAUUUGCAAAAACAUUUGACAAGAAGGAAUUUCAUCCCCAAUGUCUACCUUCUCUUCCAGAAUCUGUCUCACCAAUGACUAAUGUGUCCCAAACUGUAGUUCUCCACCUGGCCAGCAUUUUUGGUGCCACCAACCGUUUUCUUUUCUCGGAAGGGAUUGCACUUACCGAAAGUAGAGAAACUGAUACGGAGUUGAUUUCAUCUUCAUGAAGCAUGUUUUUUUAUAAAAAAAAAAAACAAAAGGAAGAAGAAGAAUUUGUAUUGAAAAAAAAUGUGAAUUCUGCUUUGGUUUGAUUCCUUUUAUUGAUGGGUUAAUCAUGUGACCUUGGCUGUGAUGUCUAUGAAAAUGUUCUUGAAACGACACUUUUUUUUUUCCUU